AUGGCUCGAACAUCUCUGGUCGCCCGAUUCGAACAAUCAAUCACUCUCAAUGCCCUCCGAGCAUACAUUGCCGAGUUCAUCUCAACCUUCUUCUUUGUCUUUGCUGUCGUUGGCUCUGCUAUGUCAUCGCGAAAUUUGAUGCCUAAUGCAGCGUUGGAUCCAUCUUGUCUGGUGGCGGUUGCCGUCACCAGCGCCUUCGCCCUAUCAUCUGCCGUGUUUAUGGCCGCAAAUAUCUCCGGCGGUCACGUGAAUCCGGCGGUAACAUUCGCAAUGGCCAUUGGAGGCCAUAUCAGCGUCCCAACUGCUCUCUUUUACUGGAUUUCUCAGAUGCUAGCCUCCGUCCUCGCUUGCAUUCUUUUGAAAGUAGUCAUCAUUGGACAGCAUAUUCCAACCUAUACAAUUGCAGAGGAAAUGACAGGGUUUGGAGCAUCAGUUAUGGAAGGUGUUGUAACAUUUAUAUUGGUGUACGCUAUUUAUGCCGCCGGUGACCCUCGACGGGGCACAUUUGGUGCCAUUGGGCCUCUAGUAAUUGGGCUAACGGCUGGGGCCAAUGUCCUGGCAACUGGGCCCUUCUCUGGCGGAUCGAUGAACCCAGCUUGUGCGUUUGGGUCAAGCAUUGUUGCGGGCACUUUCAAGAACCAAGCAGCCUAUUGGGUUGGGCCAUUGUUCGGAGCUGCAAUUGCUGGGCUUCUCUACGAUAAUGUUGUGUUCCCGGCCCAAUCUGCAGAGGUUUCAGAUGGAGUUGGGGUGUAA